AUGAGUUUCUCCGAACCGAGUCAACCCAUCGUGAAUGAGUUCCUCGCCUUUCUGCAACUUAAAAACAAGCUGGUGCUGGAAGGAGCGAUGGAUGCGGCGACUGCGGUCCAGAUGAGUUCGCGUGCGUCGAGUUUCACCGUCGAAGACAUCUGUGAAGCGAAGGAAGUGCUGUGCAAGUCCCUUGGGAUCGCCGGCACAUAUGUACCUCACCGGAGAGGGGAUGAAGCCGGGAAGAAGUCCCUUGAGGAUAUAAUGAAAAUCCUGAGGGAGAAUAAAGACCGGAUUCCGGGGUUUGUGGCGACGGGUACUUCUACCCUGCCGUCGUGUGAUCCGGAUCAGGUUGACGUUCGCUGCUUGUCAAAGGAAAUCGUGGCCCUAAAAACAAGAUUAGCGGAAGUUAUCACUAAGUUUGAAGCCAGCCUUGUCACUAUUGCCGAAUUACGCAACGAAAUCACAAGUUUGCGGAAUGCUCCAACUCGGUCGGCGGCUUCAAAUUUCAAGAACGAUCAUCGACCUGACACUCAUGUUGAGUCGGUUAGUUUGCGUAUUGCUGACACGGUAAAAUGUGCCGCACGCGCCGCUGUACCGCCCGCGCGCCCCCCGCGCGAGCGACCGCCCCCUGUCACCUCGAAGUCACGUCAGCGUGCAUAUGCUGACGUCGCCGGUCAGCCUGUCGCAGCUAACCGGGUCAACCCGCCUAUCAAGGCGAAUGAAGCACGGGUUCCACUUAAGGAGAAGUCCUCCCGCACCGAUGUGGAUAAGGAGGGAUUCACACUGGUAGAAAGGAAACGCAAAGCGCGCAGGGCGCCUCGUAAGACUCUGUGUGGCACUGCGGAGCCGGUUAAUUCUGGCCUACGAGUUGCAACACCGAGUAAGGCGCUUUACGUGUCACGCCUACAUUACUCCGCCGUGUCCGAAGAGGUGGUGGAGUACGUUCGCCGGAAGACUGGCUACACGCUGAGGGUGCACCAGCUACAAGUAUGCAGCGAACCGAGCGCCAGGAGCGACAUUGUCAGGAUGACAAUUACAAUUAUGAUCGCCGCGUUUUUCAUCGCGUGGACUCCGUACGAAGAGUAUGUGCAGGAAAUUUGCGAUAAAGUAGAAAAUUUGGAAAUAUCUUUAGAAGACCAGUAG